AUCUCAAAGCUUUUGAAAGAAGACUUACUGAAUAUAUUGCAUGUUUGCAACCAGCUACAGGACGUUGGAGAAUGAUUCUGAUAGUGGUAUCCGUCUGCACAGCAACUGGUGCUUGGAACUGGUUAAUAGACCCGGAGACGCAAAAGGUAUCAUUUUUCACAUCACUUUGGAAUCACCCAUUUUUCACAAUUAGCUGUAUUACCCUAAUAGGCUUGUUCUUUGCUGGAAUACAUAAAAGAGUGGUGGCACCAUCAAUUAUAGCGGCCCGAUGUCGAACUGUUUUGGCAGAAUAUAAUAUGUCCUGUGAUGAUACUGGAAAAUUAAUUUUGAAACCUAGGCCUCAUGUUCAAUAAGGACUGUCUUCCUUCAGUUUUUUCCACUGCCAUGGAAACCAAAAACUGACCUUUUUUAAGGUAGUAUGACAGCUAAAAAACACAGGACUGGUUGUCACUGCUUGGGAGUGAAAGUCUUACACAGUUGACAGUAAAAGUGUGCAAUAUUUCUUGAAUAUUUAUCCAAAUUCUUUGUUAUCAUAUUAUCAGUGCUUUUGCUACUUCUGAUUACCUCUUUUUCAGUAUUAGUGUCACUUUUUUACUUCGGCUAGAACAGAACAUACAGGUGAAGUAUGUUAAUCAGCUAUGAAGUUGAACUUGAAAAUCAAACCUCAUUUGUGUUACGUGUCUUUGUAAGCAAUUGUAAAUAGCAGAUCGAUGCCAAUGUUCAGGAAAAGAAGUAACACUUGCUGUGCGGAUUUUUUUGUUCUCAUGAACAGUAUUGAAAGGAACACUUACCAUUCCCAUGAUGUUUUAUUAGCACACUUAUUCAUUACAGCUGUCCUUGUCUCCUGGUCACUCUUUUUGGAACCGGUUAAAAGGCUUGCAGAAAGACUGCUUCUCCAUGCGGGAGAAAACUGGUCUUACUGUUUUAGAACUUUGCAAAUAGAUCAUUGUCAAGUUGUAUUUAUAGUGCACCAGCCACUUUCAUUGUGGUCACACGUAGCUCCUUGUUUGAUCUUGUUCACAACACUGCUAUUUUAAGAAUUUAAGAUUUUAAAAAUUGUCUUAAAUGUCCUUGCAUCUUCCUGACUGUAAGGUUGUACUGUAUCUUAACUCCACAUGACCAUUCUGAGUGGAUUUUUAUGCUGUGAUAGUCUGAAUAUGAAACUAGUAUUGCAAACGUAUCACUUGAGAUUUGGUGAAGAAAGUAUGGAGUGCCACAAUAAAAUAACAAAAUUUGUUAUUCAUAGUGUUAAAAACAAGGUGUGGAUGUUAUAUGCAUAUAAGUGUAACUUUUGAAUAGCUGAAAUUGUUUUAACAGUUUAAGUUGUCAAGGUGCCUUUUCAAAGUCUUUUAAUUGACUAAAACUGCAAAGCUGUUGCAACAACUACAGGGUAGACUGGCUUUUAAAGGCAGCCUCUUGAUGUAACUUUGUCAGUUCAGACGUUAAAAAUUGUCCCCUGUAACCUUUCCAGUAAGUCAUCUGCCCAUCCAUUGUUUUUAACUGCUGUGUAUUUUGUAGGUAAAUGUGUAUAAAAUAAAUUCUUUGUAUAAACAG